AAGGGAGAUUACUUCAAGUGGCUCCCUGCCCUCCCCGCCCCGCUCUCCCGCGACUGCUGUGCACUGCUUCGACUGCACAUCGGCAACCACUCACCAAACUCGAGCUCAUGGGAACGCAAAUAAAAGAAAAUGAAUUAGCUCAGCACGGGCAUUCGGAAAUCUGCUAUGACUUCUUGCCGCUUCCUUCAGCCGAAGAAAGCACUGACUCUAGACCUAUCCUUACAUAGGCCCGGAAGGUAGCAACAGUUUGCGGACGGUCCCUUCGGACUCCGCGCCGUGGCUCCUCGACGGCCCCCGCAACAAUGCACCCCGCGAGAGGCGCAACCCCGGCGACAGAGCAGAGCCGCCACGCCCCGCCACUCCGCGCUGAGAAGUCCAAGAGCGCGGACCGCCACCAGCCCCUACCGCCCCCGGUCCUGCUGGUCCUCCGGCCCCGGCUGCCCCCGCAGAGAGUGACCGCUCUCCCCACUCCCUAGCCCCCACACCCCCUCCCCCUUCUCUUCGACUCCAACUCUUCCUCCCCCACCGACCAUGAGGGAAAUCUGCCACCUGCAGGCGGGCCAGUGCGGCAACCAGAUCGGCGCCAAGUUCUGGGAGGUCAUCUCGGACGAGCACGGCAUUGACCCCACCGGCACCUACCAUGGCGACUCCGACCUGCAGCUCGAGCGCAUCAAUGUGUACUACAACGAGGCUACAGGCGGCAAGUACGUCCCCCGGGCCGUCAUGAUCGACCUGGAGCCCGGCACCAUGGACUCGAUCCGCUCCGGCCCCUUCGGCCAGAUCUUCCGGCCGGACAACUUCGUGUUCGGCCAGGGCGGCGCGGGCAACAACUGGGCCAAGGGCCACUACACGGAGGGCGCCGAGCUCGUGGACGCCGUGCUGGACGUGGUCCGGAAGGAGGCCGAGGGCUGCGACUGCCUGCAGGGCUUUCAGAUGACGCACUCGCUGGGCGGCGGCACCGGAUCCGGCAUGGGCACGCUGACAAUCUCGAAGAUCAGAGAGGAGUACCCCGACAGGAUCAUGAACACGCACUCCAUCGUGCCCUCCCCCAAGGUGUCCGACGUGGUCGUGGAGCCGUACAACUGCACGCUGUCGGUGCACCAGCUGGUCGAGAACACGGACGAGACGUACUGCAUCGACAAC